CCAUCUCCUCGCUCAACUACACAACUGAUAGCUCGAUUCUCUCUGUCUCGAGGAGGAAACUCACGCUUCGUGUUCUCGCUCUCUCGCGAUUCAACACGCCUUCUUAUGCCCUGCUUCCGGAUUCGAUUCGGCUUCCCGUAGCAGGCCAGAUAGCCCAAUUGCACUUAUGUUGGAGGAUGGGAUAUGAUGAGCCAGGUGCCGAUUGAUACAGCUGAGCAGUCAAAAGAAUAACAGUAUGGGAGGCUGUUGCUGCUGUCCUAGGCCUGAACCGCCGCCAUUCUAUCACGGCCCGACAGCAUCCGAACAGCUUGUUCCUUUAUCAUCUCACCAUAAUUCUGCCUCUACAAUCUCUUCUGGGCUUGUGGUUGAUACGAAUUUAGAAACUACUUCUAUUGACACCUAUACACCACCUCCUGCACCUUUGCCUUACGAUGUGGCUUCAGGCCAUCCUCAAACUCCACUGUGGCCUCAAGAAAGUACUGGCAUUAAAACCAAUGCAUCAGUCGAGACACCUGAUUCUGUUCCUGCAGAAAAUGUUGGCGGCAAUGUUUUAGAUAAACCAACCAAAUGUGGAGAUUUGAAGCUAUCGGACUGCAAAGGACAAGACUAUGUUCUCGAAACAGAAAACGAGCCGGAAAUUGAGCUCUCAGAAUCCGUUAAUCUUGUUAUUUCAUCUGCAGAGGAGUGCCCCACCUGUCUAGAGGAAUAUGAUGCUAAUAACCCAAAAAUUGUGACAAAAUGUGAGCAUCAUUUUCAUCUUGCAUGCAUUCUUGAAUGGAUGGAAAGAAGCGACACUUGUCCUGUCUGUGACGAGGAAAUGAUUUUCAACUACCCUGUUAAUUAGAGGCACCACUGCUGUAACGCUCUCUUCGGAAUUCACGGGAUUGGUCUAAUCAAGUUUGCACCAUGAUGGUAGGAUAUUCCACAGUAGACAGUUUUGCCUUUAAAUUCCUUGUGAGUUCAUUGAGAUUUUGGGAAUGCUAGGGAUGAUGUCAAAAUAGGCGUGACCGAUUGCUUGUGGUCCAUUUUUCAUUUUGUUUGAAUCUUUCAUACAUAUAGGCAGAUUAGAGGAAAUUAAGAAGCUGUCUUUUUUGUCUGUUUCUCUGUUGAUAGGGGAUUGAUCUGUGAAACAGAGGCGGGAUUUUCUCUGUGAUAUUAGGUAAUCCAUGUAAAUAAAAAUAUGAUUUGAUGGCAAUGCUUGAUCGUAUAAAGGUUACAAGUUCAUAAAGU